CAGAUAGUUGGGGCUUAAUGGGAAUUCUUUCUCAAAGGAAAAUUAUAAAUGUUUAAUUAUUUGUACAUUCAUUACAUUUUAUUUUGACAUUAUUAUACUCUUAAAAAGUUACCAUUUAAACACAAAUGUCAGCCUGACCCCUGGUAUAACCAGCACCUCCCUAAGGUUUAUUCAUUUAGAAUGGUAAUGCUCCGUUGCUGCUUGUUUUAUGGGCAGUUUGAUUGGACCAUCGUCUCCCUCCUCCUCCUCCUCCUCAAUCUGUCGGAAGUCCUCCUCCUGCCCUCUUCGUCAGCCACAAAGCACAAUGUAAAACGUUUGCAGGCUCUUCGCUAAUCACAACAGCUCAAAAGAAAACUUUCACUCCUGGUUUCACCAAGCAAAGGGGCUGAUGCUCCUGAUGAAAGAGAGUGAGAUGGAGAGAAGGACAGAAAAGAUACCUCCACCACCUCCUCCAAAAGCCGUACAGGCCAAGAGAGAGCCCAGAGACAGAAAACACAAAGUGGACAAGGUGGUGAAACUCCACGAGCCACACAAAAGAAAAGAGAGGAAUAAGAGGGAAAAAGCAGACGAAGAGCACAAUAAUGAGGACGUCAAGGAAGUGUCGUCCACCGUGAUCAACGUAGACAGUGUGAGACAGAGCACAAUCAGAGACAGCAAGGAGUUGCUGUGCCUUUUGGAGAGCGACUGGAACGAAGAGGCCUUGAAGACACGGAGCCUUGGGGUUUUCGAGCUCCUUCUUACCAUCGCAGCUCUCGCCACAGUGAUAUUCUUCUUUCCCGUGUCCAUCUGGUUCUGUGUAAAGAUUGUACGAGAGCAUGAGCGUGCCGUGGUCUUUAGACUUGGACACCUGCUACAAAGAAAACCCAGGGGACCAGGGCUGCUCUUUUACCUCCCACUUUUGGAUGUUUGUCACAAAGUGGACAUCAGAUUAAAGAUGCUGAAGGUUCCAUCUCACUCGGUGGUGACAGAAGACUUGGUUUGCACAGAGGCGAGUUCAGUGUGCUACUACCGCAUUGAGAACGUGUCUGUGUGCUGCUCGUCCCUGGCAGGAGUUCCCGCUGUGCUGCAGGCGCUGGUUCAGGUCUCGGUCAGGGAGGUUCUGGCCCAUCACACUUUCACCAACAUACUGCAGAACAGGAGUGAAGUUGCCCACCAGAUCCAGGUUGCAGUGGAUUCCAUCACCUGCAAGUGGGGAAUUAAAGUGGAGAGAGCUGAGAUAGAGGACCUCUGUCUACCAGCUGAGCUUCAGCAAAACUUUGCCGUUGAGGCCGAAGCCAAGAGACAGGCCAAAAUUAAAGUAAUUGCAGCAGAGGGUGAAAAGGCAACGUGUGAGGCUUUAAAGGCCUCCGUUGACUCGCUGUCAGACUCUCCUCUGGCCGUCCAGCUACGCCUUCUCCAGCUUCUCCACACACUGCACUCGAACCAACCUGCUGUGCUCCUCAGCAUCCCAUCAGACCUCCUCAACCAGCCACUUCAGCUGCCAGAUACAAGCAGCUCCUCCAAUCAAAACCAGCCAGCAAGAGACAUCUCAGGGAAAACAGUUAAAGACUCCCCAAUGAUGUAAUGCGUUAAUAGGAAAAUGGUAGAAUAUUAGAAUCUAUUAGUUUAUUGUUUAUUGAAGGUGUUCAUUGAUAUAUAUAUAU